GACAAGUAGGCGUGACAAUGCAUGGUCACGAAAGCCCAAUCCACGACAUUUCCUACUCUCCUGACGGAAAACUCCUCAUAUCCGGCGGAGAAGAUAGCAUUGUGCGCGUCUGGGAUACCAUGAACAUUGCUGACGCACCUGUGACGACCAUAGAACAUGCUGUAGAUCAAGUAUGGACCAUCAAUCACUCUCCAGACGGGCGGCUCAUUGCUACUGGCGGCAGAGGCAAAACGCUCAAAGUCUGGGAUGUUCGCCAGAAAACGCUCGAGUUUGAAAGCGGGGACCAUUCAGACUUGAUCCGCUCUGUGUCUUGGGAACCGAGCGGGAGUCGACUUGCGACCGGCUGCGCGGAUCAUAAACUUCGCGUCUUCGACUUGAAGAAACCUGGCGCGGAGGUAUUGCUCGCCGAGGGGCAUCGGGGCGAGAUCAACACUGUGGUGUACUCGCCAAAUGGGCAUUUGCUAGCGAGCGGUGCAGACGAUUAUAGUGUGCGGUUGUGGGAUGCGCGAACAGGAAAGCCCACGAAGAGCCCAUUUCGAGGUCAUAGGGGCUUUGUUAUGUGCCUGACGUGGUCCCCAGACAGCACGCGCAUCAUCAGCGGCUCUUACGACUAUACAGUUCGCGUCUGGGAUGCGAGCAAUGGUCAGAUCCUUUUCAAGGGCGCAUUAUACGCACACAAAAGUCGUCUAUGGAGCGUCGCAUACUCUCCUGAUGGGAAGCAUUUUGCGUCAGCUGAUGCUGGCACCCCUCCCCGAGUCCAGAUCUGGGAUGCACGGACAGGUAAAGCGUCACUUCCACUGAUAUCUGCAAAUAAGCAUUCUUCCUUCAAACAAUAUGCAGAAGAACACUCUGGAAAGCCCGACAGAUCCAGCGAUCCGGGGAAAAUGAAGGCUGGGGCUGCUAUCUUAGCUGCAAUGUGGUUUCCUGAUUGUCAGCGCUUCGCAAGUGCCGGUGAAGAACCUCUCGUACGUAUCUGGGAUGCUCAGACUGGCUUUCAGGUCGGCGACAUGGCGGGCCAUCGUGAAAGCGUCAACGCGCUGUCCAUCUCUGCGGACGGUACCAAGCUCGCGACUGCAUCGGAUGAUCGCACUGUCCUUAUUUUUGACACAAAAUCAAUGCAGCCGGUAAUGAAACCCCUCACUGGUCAUGACGAAGCGGUUUACACUGUCAGGAUGACGCCUGAUGGCUCUCGACUUGUCAGCGGAGGCAAGGAUAAAUCCUUGCGUUUCUGGAACGCAGUCACUGGUGAACUUCAGCAUGUCACCGAGGCACAUACCGACGCUGUGCGUGCGCUCUCCAUGACGAAGGACGGGAGUAAGCUGGCGAGCGGCGGGGACGAUAGCUGUAUCUACAUCUGGGACAUGCGCACAUAUGAGCGACUCGCAGGGCCAUUCAAGCACGAUGCCUCUGUUCGUACAAUGGCCUUUUCGCCAGACAGUUCGCGUCUUGUGAGCGGCUCAGACGACCUUGCCGUCCACGUCUGGAACACUACAACCGGCAGUCUCGCGUUUGAUCCUAUCCGUGUACAUACAGGCUCAAUCGGUGCAGUCGACUGGUCGCCGGAUGGCACGAAACUGCUGACCGCCGGCUCUCACGACUGGACGAUAUGGAUCUGGGACGCAGCCACGGGCGAACGAGUGCUAGGGCCUUUGGAAGACACUCAGGAUGGCGUCAGAGCUGCUGCCUUUUCUCCAGAUGGGACUCGCUUCGUCAGCGGUUUCAUGGAUCACACGCUUCGUAUGUGGGAUACAGCGACUGGUGUGGUUCUGCUUCCAAUAGUCGAAGAGUUGAACUCCGACCCAGAGGGAAGCCAAAGCGCUCCAGAUCCACCACGAGGAAGAACGGAACGUGGGGGAGUGCCGAGAGAGAGCGACGAUGACAGUAUCAUGAAUAUGCCAGCAACUGUGCGUAGGAAACCAGCACCAGGCUCUAAAGGGUUUUGGGACGAUGCAGACCUUGGUGGCACGUCAAAAAGGCAAGGCAAAGUCGAUACUAACAGAAAGAGCAAGAGAGACGUUCUUAAGUCCCGGCACAAGACCAACAUUCUCAGGCGAUUCUGGUGGAGAAGAACUGUCCAUCCUGGUUCAAAUCUUAAAGGAAAGAGCAAAGAACAAGGAUCUGAAGACUCGGAUAUCGGCGGCGAAGAACUCGCGAUGACUCAUAAGCCUAAACGCCCUACUACGAGAGUUGCUGCAGCUCGCGACAAACUGCGUGUACUGGUGGCAGGGGAUGAUCCACAUGCAAGGCUCCCCUCGCAAACUGAACCAGAAUCCGAUGAAGAGAGAGAUUCACCAACAGGCUCAGAAGACCCCAAUCGGCCCGAUCACAGCUCUGGCAGUGACGACCAGAGUGAACACGGAUUGGUCGACACGAUAUGUUUUUUGAGACUUGCGGUCCUUGCUCUCACUCUGGCCUAUCGGGCGGAAGCACCAAGAAGGAAAUGA